AUGGCGGCCGCGGUGGAAUUUGGCGAUCAGAUUUUACAAGUGAUCGGCAAUCACGAGAAAGAUUCCUUCUCGGUCUUCCAGGAGAUGAGAAAGCUCGAUGAACUAUGUGACAUCACACUCAGAGUGAACAGAAGGGAAAUACGCGCUCAUCGAGUUGUUCUGGCAGCUUGUAGUUCGUACUUUCGUGCCAUGUUGACCACGGGGUUCCUCGAGAGCAACCUAGGCACGAUAUCUUUGCAGGAUUGCGACGAAACCGCUGUUGAACAACUUGUAGACUUUCUGUACACAUGCAAAAUGAAUCUCAACGAAUCAAACGUGGAAAAUAUCCUUGCAGUGGCGAGCUUAUUUCAAAUCCAGCUUGUCGUUCAGAAAUGUGCAGAUUUCCUGGGAACCCUAAUUAGGAUUGAAAACUGCCUCGGUAUUCAGUCGCUGGCGAUGCAGUAUUCAUUGGGAAAUCUUGAGUCUAAAGUGAGGAGUUUCAUCAGUUGGAAUUUCUUAGAAGUGUCGCGGGAGAGUGAAUUCGUAUUGAUUCCUCCUCAGCAACUCAGUAAGAUCGUGGAAAGUGAUCGCUUGCAUGUUAAGAUGGAGGAGGACGUGUUUGAGGCUGUUAUCAGGUGGUAUAAGCAUGACAGAGGAGAGAGGAUAAAACAUUCCGUAAGUUAAUUUGUUAAAUGUAUGCAAUAUCAAUUCUGUGCGAAAUUUCUGCCGAUCUUCAAACCCUUUAGUAACAUUCUGUAGAUGAGUCGAACGGAAAGGGGGACGGCCCAUGAACGGGGAACCAUACUCCCGACAAAGGGCCUGAGUAGCCGGAGAUUUUCCUCUCGUGCAUCGUUAAGAGACAUGAAGUUUUCCAUUUGCUUAAGAUACCGAUCCAACUUAGGUGACCCUCCCAAAAUCUCCACAUGUUUCCUUGACAAUUUCCCGGAACCCUUUUAAUCCCCAUAGGCGAAAAGGGCCACUGUGAGAGUUUUACGGAAGAACAAAGCAUAACGACUCAGCCAGGGCUUGAAUCUAGAGCUAUCGAUCCGUUGCCUUGUGUACUAACCACUAAGCUUAUGCAUCUGCAUACUAAUUAGGAGUCUUGUUGGAUACUAUUGCAAUUCCUCACAUUUCUUAUUUCAUUUGACCCAUUUCAGUUAGAAAAUGACUUUGUCUCAUUAAUUUUCUGCAGGAGAUUUUCGAGUUAGUUCGUUUUCCUUGCAUGACCACAGAAUAUUUGGAAAACGUUGUCUUAAAAAAUGAGCUUGUUCUUGGUGAAGAGAAUUGGAAGAAGUUCGUAGAGGGUGCCAUAACUCUUUUGACUUCUCCACUGAGUGUCAAGAAGAGGGCAGUGACGAGACGAAAAUCACCUAAUGUACUAUACCUGAUUGGUGAGUUGUCCUGCAGGAUUGAAACAUUUGACUUAGAAAGUGGAAGCUGCACGCCCGCAAGUGAUAUGGCGCAAACUGCAGGAUGCGCGGUGGCUGUCAACGAAGACCUGUAUGUUGUGCUAGGAGGGGGUACACGCAUUGAAAAAUACGACCCCAAGCUGAAUGCUUGGGUCCAAGUUGGCAAUGGGAUCAAAGAGAGCGAUUUUGAUGUAUGUGAGAGCAUGGGCUCGAUUUAUGUGGUAGGAGGUGGAAAGCGCGCGAAAAGCUUCAACAUUGCUACGCGCGCAUGGAGUAAACUUCCAAACAUGAGCAUGCGUAGAAGCUUUCACAGAGCUGUUGGACUCCUAGGAAAGGUUUACGCUAUUGGUGGAAAUACACCCCCAGGGGACAAAACUGUAGCCUCGGUUGAAUGUUAUAAUCCUGCGAGUAACCGUUGGGAAUCGGUCGAGCCUAUGAACACGGAACGCUUUCGACACGGGGUUGCUGUAGUGAGAAGUAAAAUUUACGUCGUUGGCGGAUUUGAUGUGCGAAAAAGUAGUCUCAAAUCAGCAGAAGUGUUUGAUCCAGUGGUAAAUACUUGGAGUUUUAUUGCUCCGAUGAAUUAUCCACACCGUGAUUUCGGUGUAGGAGUCACUCACGAUAUGAUGUUUGUCUUUGGAGGUUCAGGCACAAAUUGUAUUGAGAGUUACGAUAGAAACACUGAUGAUUGGAAUGUGGUUGGGAGUCUGGCGACGAGGUGGAAUACUUUCCGUUGCGUACUGUGCCCUUUAUUUCAAUUUUAA